UUUAAUUUACUUUGCAUGAUUUGGUGUGUUUAUAGUUUUUUUCUCAAUUUUCCUUUUCAUCUCGAGCUCUAUAUUGAAUUUCUAGUUCAAUUAACAUUCUCGAUAUUGUGCUUUGAAUAAACUCAUGAAGUAAUCAAGAAUAUAUUACUUUUCGUGGCCCCUUUACAAUGUCGGGCAUUUCAACUUUCUCGAACAAUUUGAAAGCACUGUUUGUCACCCAACUUACAGUACUGUUUCAUUUAGUCAUCAAUUCUUUUUUAAGUUUAUCACUGCAUUUUCAUUUUGAUUGGCGAACAGAUAGAAGGAAUAAUCUAGCGGGUCUUGGAAUUGUGCCGAAGAAGCUAACUGAGGAUAACUUUAUAAGCUGGAAAAAUUGCUUGACAAAUUAUUUGGUUGGAAAUGGGCUUUGGGGUGUUGUCUCUGCUCAGGAGAUUGAACCAGAUAAGACAAAUAAGCAAGAGCAUGAAAAAUGGAAGAAAAAGAAUGCUUUAGCUUUGCAUGCAAUUCAACUUUCAUGUGGACAAGCAAUAUAUUCAAAGUUUAAAAAUGCCAACAUUAAUGCUAACUACGUAUGGACUCAGUUGGCCGAAAAAGGAGAUCACGACAAAGAAAGUCAAGUCGAAGAUAAUGGGUUGAGCGAGUACCUUGAAUACGGACCCUUAUACGAGGCAAUUGAAAAAGGUAAUUGGCAUGAUAUAGAAGGUUUCUUUCAGGAGAAGACACUGCCAUUUAGUGAAAGUGUUUCAUCACACAAAGAGACAGCUCUGCACAUUUCAACUUUAUCUGGACAGAUUGAAAUUGCGAAAAAACUUGUAAAAUUGAUGGACCCAAAACAUUUAGAACUGAAAAAUGAACAUGGAGCUACGGCCUUAUCUUUUGCUGCAAUUUGUGGUGCGACGGAAUUGGCCAAGGAAAUGGUAAGCAUGAACAAAGAAUUAGUUACAAUAGAAACUGCAGGCCAAGAAUAUGGGCAACUUCCUGUGAUUGUGGCUGCAUUGUAUAAACAGAAGGGCAUGGUUCAUUAUUUAUACAAUAAGACGCCAAAAGAUGUGCUGAGUCCCGAAAAGGGUGCAAAUGGAGUCACACUACUUAAUUACCUUAUUACUGCUGAAAUUUAUGAUGUUGCUUUGUUGCUAUUGGAAAAGUAUCCACAGCUGGGUGUUAUCCCAGAUGUUAAUGGCAAUUACGCUCUCCGAAUAUUGGCUCAAAGGCCUUCUGCAUUUCUUAAUGGGACUGAACUUUCAUUUUGGGAAAAAUUGAUCUACUAUUGUGUAAGAGUACACGAAGAGCAUGUAGAAAUGCAAACAUCAAGCACUUGUCAUGAUCACAACAUUCAAAUUCCUGAAUCAAUCGAUGAAGAUUUGGGAGGAAGGAUAGCACAUGGUGGCCUAACUAUAACUAAUCGAGCUCUACAGUUGGUGCGCAAAUUGGGUUGGGGGAUAUUGCAAUCCAUUGUUCCAAAGAUCCGUUACAUAUACCGAAGGAAGUCAGUCCACGUCCAAGUUAGGAAAUUCCUGAGGGUCGUGUUUAAAAAAAUGCUACAACUGAGCAAACCAGAGCUCGAAAAAAUGGACUUGGAUAUAAUAAUAAAUGAUGCCAUAGAGAAUGGAAUUUUUGAAUUUAUAGAUGAAAUGAUUAAAUGUGCACCAGAAAUUAUAUGGAGGAAAGAUAAAAAAGGGAGAACAAUUUUUUCGAACGCAAUUAUAUCACGUCAAGAGAAGAUUUUUGGCCUUAUAUUUACUUUAGGAAAAGAGAAGUGUCUAAUGGGAAUGAGGUAUGAUAUUUUUGACAACAAUUAUUUACAUCUUGCUGCAAAAUUAUCUCCUCCUUCUCGACUUGAUAAUGUAACUGGAGCAGCACUACAAAUGCAAAGGGAACUGCAAUGGUUUAAGGAAGUCGAGAGCUUGGUUCAACCCAAAUUCAAAGAGGAACUAAACAGCCACAACAAAACACCGAAAAUUUUAUUCACUGAUGAACACGAGAAGUUAGCCAAAAAAGCAGAGGACUGGAUGAAAAGUACAGCAGGGUCAAGCAUGAUAGUGGCAACUCUAAUUGCUGCUGUAAUGUUCACAACAACUUUCACAGUACCAGGUGGUAAUAAAAAUGAAACAGGAAUGCCAACAAUGCUGGAAACUCAAAGAAUUCCAUUCUUGAUUUUCAUGAUUUCGAAUGCCCUAUCAAUGUUCAGUUCAAGUACAUCACUGUUGAUUUUCUUGGGAAUUCUUACGGCGCGUUAUGUAGAAGAUGAUUUUCUAAAGUCCUUACCGACAAAAUUAAUAUCUGGACUGAUGAGUUUGUUCCUUUCGAUUGUUACCAUGAUGGUAUCCUUUGGUGCUGCAUUGUAUUUGAUUCUUCAUGAGAAUUUGUCUUGGGUCACCGUUCCUAUCAUCAUCCUUACAAUGAUUCCAAUAGUUCUUUUCUCCAUCUUGCAGUUUCCUCUCUUGAUUGAGAUGACCCAACGGACUUAUGGAGCUGGUAUAUUUGAUGAAUAUAAGAAGAAAUCCCGUUUUGCCAAGUUCAGAGCAUGUUUGAUAAGGAGGAAUCCAUUGAGAAAGAAAAGAAAUUAAAAAUUUUAUAGGUCUUACUAUGGAGUACUAUUGAAUAAGGUGUCCCAAAUGUGUUGUUAGCUCAUUUUGGUUUCUGUCAUUUUAAGUAAUGGUGUAUCCAUGGUGCUUUUUCUUAUGAAUAAUUCAUGUAUUGGAUCUAAUUGAGUGUCUCUUAGAAUUCCGUUGUUUGAAGAGUCAUCUUGAAUUAGUAGCAUGUACAAAUAGAACCACAUAUAGCAAUAUUUUGUAAUGCAAAUACGAAGUGAAUUUCAGAUUAUAUAUC